AUGGUUUUUAUAAUUAAAGUACAAGCCUACUAUCCUCCUUGGAUACGAUAUAUGUACACAUUCUACCAAGGAGUUCCUUGGUAUACUGAAUAUUUUUGCAACGACAGUAGCGACCUAGUUUUAACUUACGACGGUACUCGGACGUCUACUUAUUAUGUGUGGAUAAACGAAAUAUUAGAUGCUGGCACCGAAGUUACAGUGAAAUUUGAUGCAGAAGCUGCUAUAUAUAUCAAUCAUAACUCUGAUACGAAGAAGAAUUCAAGAUUUACGAAGGAACCGGACAAUAUUAAUAAUGUUUAUACAUUCGAAUUUACUAAUAAAACUGAAAAAGUUCGAGAGCUUUUUAGAGUAGAAGGAAACACAGCGGAUCAUCAAAUACAUAUUACAAGUCUUAAUAUUAAUGGUAUUGAAAAAUGUCACAACCCUGUUAUGGAAAUCUUUGGAACCAAUAACCCGAAAUACCGCUUUCUUCCUGAAGCGCCAGAUAAAUCUUGCGGCAGGCGAAAGUUAAAUAUGAAUACCAUACAAAAUCCUCUAAUUGUAAGUGGAUCGUCGACAGAACCUGGCAUGUGGCCUUGGCACGCUGCAUUAUAUAAACUACAGAACGGCGAGUUAACUUACAUCUGUGGAGGGACCCUCCUUUCAAAACACUUGGUUUUGACUGCUGCUCAUUGUGUAACUAGAAAUGGUGUCAAGCUUAAUUCAGAAAGUCUUGGAAUAAUUCUCGGAAAAUAUUACCUUUUCGGAAAUGAUAUAGCUACUCAAACAGUUGAGGUGCUCGAAAUAAUAGUUCACGACGAAUAUCAUCAUAGAAGCCUAAAUAAUGAUAUUGCCUUGUUGAAAUUAAUGACUGAAGCUCGUUAUAAUAACUAUGUGCAGCCAGCAUGUCUGUGGUUUGAUGGGAUUUACGAUGUAUUCGGCACCUAUAACGUUGUGGGCUCGGUUGUUGGUUGGGGCUUUGACACGAAGGAUACGCUGACUAAGACGUUAAACGUAGUCACUAUGCCCCAAGUUGCAGAUGUUACGUGCAUUCUGUUUCAACCCAUUUUUUAUCAAAAAUUAUUGAAUGGCAAGAAAUUCUGCGGUGGGCUCCAAAAUGGUGCUGCACCGUGUAAUGGAGAUAGUGGGGGAGGUUUUGUGGUGUAUGUUGAAGACUACAAACCACCGAGAAGUUUAUUAUUUGCCCCUAAAGGUUCAGGAGCAUGGUACGUGAAGGGAAUCGUUUCGGUAACUUUAAAGAGCGAAAGAGACGAUGCCAUCGUGUGUGAUCCUAAUGGGUACACAGUGUUUACAGAUGUCGCUAUAUAUAAAGACUGGAUUCUCAGUUAUAUGAACAAUAAUGGA